UUCCCUUUAUUAGCUUAUCUGUAUAAUAAUGUCUUGUGUCUUCCUCAGGCUGCUGUUGUCCCCACUCCCAUCAACCCAAAGCCCUUCCUGAACCAGCUCACUGGUCAGGCUGUGGUGGUGAAGCUAAAAUGGGGCCAUGAGUACAAGGGCAUCCUUGUGUCCGUUGAUGGAUAUAUGAACAUGCAGCUUGCCAACACUGAAGAAUACAUUGAAGGCCAAAGCACAGGCAGCUUGGGUGAAGUUUUGGUGCGCUGCAAUAACGUCCUCUACAUCAGAGGGGCUGAAGAGGAUGAUGAGGAAGACGGACAAAUGAGAGAAUAAUUGGACCCUUCACUCCCCUCUAGGCCUCAUGAUCUCAUCACUUCCCGUUAUUUAGUUAGGGGAGACUACGUAUCUCAACUGGAGACUACGUAUCUCUCAACAUAUUGAGUAAAAUGGAAUGAAUGCUCGAACAAAA